AGUAUCGUUAGACGUUAGAGUUAGAGUAGUCCAUGCCUUGACCUUCGUUUGUCUGGCAGUUCAUGCGAUUGACGUUUCAUAUUUCAUUUAGUUGGAUUUUUAUCCAUAAUUCAAGUGUUAUUUAAAUGUAUGCAAUAUUAGUUGAUCAAUCAGUGCUGCCUUUUAUUAUUUAGAUUGUAUAUUUUGAAACUUAUCAGUCAAUGUACAAUAAUAGUGUUCUGCUGAGAUUCUCGUUAGUGUUGCCCAACCUAUUCUUAAUGCGUUAACGAACAAAUUUAGAAUGGUUGAUAAAAAUCGCCUCGUUGCUGCCUUACUAUUAAAGAAUGACAGCUCUGCUCAUCACUGUUCAUGGGGACAGCAAUUGGAUAAAGAAGUUUUACACUCAAUUGAGAUUCCAGAACUAGGAAAUCUCCAUGUGCCUCUAGCCAUAGAGGAUGUAGAAAAACUGAAGAGCAUAGCUGAGCCUGCCCUUCAUGGCAACGGAUUGAAUGUUGUUUUGGACCCAAAUCUAAGAAAGGGAUGGCAAGUUGCAGGUAUGAGAAUAUCAGGAUUGUUUCCAAAAGAUUCUCUACAAAAAACUCUAGGAGAACUGUGUGCUAAAGCAUUACUCAAUCUGAAACUUGGUUGGCUGUUAGAAGAUUGUGAUAGUAACACUGUAGAUGCUUACAUUGACAAAUUAGUUUUGUAUGAAUCUGGAGGACACUACAAGAGGCAUCGUCAUUCGGAGUUGGAACAAGGUAUUUGUGGUGUAGUGAUUCUCCAGAUACCUGUUGAAAACGGGUUCAACGGUGGCCGACUAAAAAUCGAACACGGUUCGUCGACGGCGCACUACGAAUAUCACGAAGGUAGUAAUCAUUGUCACUUUUUGACGGCCUUCCGCUCUGGGUGUAAGCACGAGCUAGAACCCAUCAAAUCUGGCUGGCGAGUGACUUUGAUGAUAAACCUUGUAUGGAGAAAUGCCUUCGAUGUUGCAAAAAUUCCGCAAUCAGUACAGCUUAUUCCUGUUAUUCUCGAACUUUUAACCGAAAUACGGGAGUCGGUCGACCCUUGGUUUAAAGGUAUCCAUCAAACCAAGCAUGGCAAGCCAGUAAUAGAGAAGACAGAUUGUUGCGAUAUACUUCAUGCAUCUGAGAUUUCCUCGGAUGUCGUCGAACAACUUAGUGAACUAGUCAACAAAACCCAAAUCAGUUAUAAUGCUGAAGCAGCCUCACAUCAUCGACAUGAGGAGUUCAACAACGAUCUUUCCUUUUCUCCACCUUUUGAACUAAAAAUUACCAAUAUUGCACGUUUUCAUCAAAGAAAUCUCGAGUGGCAACAAAGUGCUGAUUUUGACGAUGGGGAGAGAAAACCAUGUGUCACGCAUGGGCAACAUCAGAAAGAAUCAAUCGAUAUGCUCGUUUUUCUGCUGGAGAACGACUACACAUUGACGGACCUCACUUUCUUUGGGCUGAAAGGGCAAGAUGUUCGGCUUGCUCGUUUAUUGUUGGGCGGGAAUUUUCUCGAAGUCCAUUUAGCUAUUUUGAACCAUUCAAGAUCGCAAGUACCUUUCGGCGAAAAUCCUAGUUUUGUGGCUAAAUUGGAGCAUUGGGUUAAUUCUAGCAAUAUGUUGGUGCCUUUUAAAAAUGUGCAAAUUAAUGCUAACCAGAUCGUGAGUGACUUCAAAACUAAAUCACAACACCGAACUCACCAAGAAGAAAUCGAAGAAAAAAACAUGAAUUUUCCGCAGUUUGCGUAUCACCAACCAGUACUUGUGAUUUGGCCGAAAUACCAAUCAUUUCGCAUCAAAUGCCUUUAUGCAUUUGAUGUUUUACUGGAUGAAUUAGAACAUGAAUUGCAAAUAACAAGUCACCAGAAAGCUAUUGAAAAUCUACGCCGCAUUAUAUCCGUAUGCCGCGAUGAACCAUUGACUGUGUUUCUCGAUUCGGCUGGCGUUCCUGGAGAGCGUACCUGUCGUCUUCUGCGUCUUUGCAUUUUUCUCCGGGCACGGCAAGAAGGAUUGGAUUUACUGGAACUUAUGGGCAUGGAUUUUACCAACGAAGAUGAGUGUGAGAUAGACAAAGAAGUUCGUUUUGAAGGAAUUCGCAGUAAUGAAGUGGCUUUGUUGGUAGCUGAAUUAGAGUGCCAAGUGACAGGGUGGUCUGCCUGUUCAGGUUUUGUCUUAAAAAUGAUAUCUCCAGUUAGACUGUCAAGUCAGUUAGCGUACAUAAUCUGCUUGGCGGACCAUCUCAUGGAUCGUUACUGCUCAGAAGGUGCACUAAAAAUCCUGGACCGUGUAGCUUACCUCCUUCCUAAACUCAACACAUCCUCCAUCUCAUCCCUUGGACAGACGGAUAUUGAUUCAUAUGUCAACUUCGUCAUUGAGUGUGAACGAGAUCCAAAAACGGCUAGUGCUCAACGGGUCGUGUGUUUUACGACCCUUUUCCCUCGCCUGGAUUCAUACCAACAGUGUCGCCUGAUUGUUGAUCUCCGGAGACGGAUCCGAUUUGGUGGCAUUCAUUCGUGUAUGCAACUUUAUCAGCAAAUGUGCCGUGCUCUACCAUCGUGCGAUUUACACGCACCUGGACCUAUAAAGAACGUAAUUGUAGCUGUUGUGAGUAGCUUUUUUCAACUGGGAGACCCGGAACUCAUUCUUCUCCUUAUGAAUAAGAUAUGUCUGAAAUCGACCAGUUCAAAUCAAUCAGCAGAAGAAAACAACUUGGUCGAUGUACUAUUGUUAUCACAUGAAAUCUGGGAAUUGGCAACGUCGUCCGACUUAGGGAAGACCAUGCUUUCUAACCUAGUAAAGGCGCAGACUUCAUCUCUGCUCUGCAUGUUGGAUCAACUCACCAUUCCCCGCCAAGAAAUUGUUUCAGCAUGGCAUAUCAGGGAAACGGAACUCGUAGUGCCAAAUUUUAAAGCCAAGACUAGUUUGCUGGAUAAUUUAUCGCAACUGGAACUGACGAGUGAUCACAGCAAACUCAUCCGUGAUGCACGAUUAGCUUUGAUUGUUGCCUGGAUUGAUGGACUGUGUCAGCAAUUGGAUCGGGAGACGCCAGUAGUUACACCGCACCCGAAUGAUCCACUUCAGCUUAAUGUAACUGAAUUUUUAAGAACUUUUAUCCAAAUGGAAAAAGUGCACCAUCAAGAUGGUCGACAGCCUAUUUUCGUAGACUUUUCGCGCCUCUUUUCGAAGAUGUGUUUAACGAGAUUAUGCAAGCUUAUACUCGAUCUUCGCCAAACAGAAUCAGCAGCAUCGAUCGACAUGAGAGUAAUUGCCUCGUGUUUUAAUCUAUGCAGAGAUUUAAGUCGCCAAUUUGUGGAAGGAGAUAUUAUUUCCUUCAUGAAACCUUCAACAGAACUGGCAGUUAAAAUUGCCAAGUGGCUGUUCUGGCUUGGCGACGAAGUGGUAUCGGAGAGAUUUGCCCACAAAAUUUGCACUUGCGUCUCUUUGGAGGAAGAAAACUUAUUCGUGAAGAAAUGGAUCUCGUCGAGCAAACUGUGGUCACUGACCAACUCCGCUCCUGCCAGUCUGGUCGCCUUUCACAUCCUGUUAGAUCGACAUAUUGGCUACUUGAAAACUGUUAAAGAGCCAGUUUUUUCCUUUGAGCAACCUCUCGCUGAAUUACCUACGUAUCCCGAAGUUGAGGCUUUUCUUCGUUCCUCAAAUGAGAAAAUGAGCUAUCACAAAUUGGCCAGUAUUUUUCAUGCCCGUGGUUUUGCCGACGAUUUGACUAAGCUUUGCCUGAAUAAUGGUUGGUGUAGCUUAAAAGCGCGGGCAAUGGGGUCAACCAGGAGUGCUUGGUGCGAAAUUAUCAAAACACAAGAUAUGCACCAUGCUAAUAUGCAACAAUUUCAAGCCGUCCAACAAGAAUUAUCCAAAAUGCUUUCCUUGCGCGAAAAUCUUGGACAUAAAACACUCGGAGGGAAAGGUGAUGCGGAAAAAAUGUCGGACUUUAAUACCAGCAAUAACUGCAUUUUAUUUUCAUCCGGGAAAUGUGAAAAGAAGGAACCCGAAAUCAUCGUGAUUUCAGAUUAGUGAAAUUUUAAACAAAAGAAGAUCUGGUCUCCUAGUCAACACCACGUUAUUGAAAUGAAGCUUUGAUGAUAUGAACCACUUGAGCGAAAAUUUCUUUGAUUGCAUCAGUGCAUCGGAUCCAUUUAAAAAUAUUUACAUAGCUGUACUUAACAAAGGUAUUUAGCACAAAGGUUGCACCGAACCCAACGUCAUCUACGUUUUCUUAUGGAUUUGAAAUAAAUGUUCUAUUUACUACCAUGAUUUUGUGGACUGUAAAUAAAAAAAUUUCUCAGCUAA